UUCUUAUACAGCGUAUAUAAUUUAGUGUUAGUUAUGUCAGUGGUCUUAUUUAUUAUAGCUACAAUCGUUGGAUACUAUUUAUAUGAUCUAUACAUCCAAGAUUUACGACAAAGUGAAAAGGACUCUAAUUCAUCUCGAAGCUCGAGUAUAGUGGCAGAAAAUACUUGCACCAUUCCCGGGUGUAAUUGUCAAAACAAUGGCGGAUUUUUUCGAUCGUUGUUUAGAAGUUGGAAUAAUAAUUAUCACGAUCCACACGCCUUGAUUCAUGAGAAACCAUCACCAUUUCAAUUCCGUGCCUUCGAAGACAGAUUCAAAUCGCUUGAAGAUGUAACUCAAGCCAUCAAAGAAGCAGGCUUAGAAGAAUGUCGACUUAUACUAGGAAUAGAUUUUACAGCCAGCAAUGAAUGGCAAGGACGAUCCACUAAUAAAGGACAUUCCCUUCACCAUGUCAGCUCCAGGUCAUAUAUUCAAAACCCUUAUCAGCAUGUAAUCAGCAUUCUGAAUCGAACUUUGUUAGCCUUGAUGACUCCUUACGGACAUGAUCCUUACGUAAACAACACACGCAUGUCCGUCAGAAAACCGGCAAAAUUACAGUGCAUUCAUGCAUAUGGUUUCGGGGAUUUUCUCACAAAAGAUAAAUCAACUUUUUCGUUAAAUCCGAGUCACGUGCCUUGUUCAUCUUUUGACGAACUACAAAAAUUUUAUAAGGAGACUGUAAAUAGGGUAACACUAGAUGGACCGACGAGCUACGCUCCUAUUAUUAAUAAAGCAAUUGAAAUUGUGGAAGACACAAAUAAACAAUUUCAUAUUUUAAUUAUCAUCGCUGACGGGCAAUUUGUUGACGAAGGGCCAACAGCCGAAGCAAUAGUAAAAGCCUCAAAUCAUCCGCUCAGCAUUGUGGUCGUCGGGGUCGGCGACGGACCAUGGACAAUGUUACAGAGAUUUGACGACUGGUUGCCGCAGCGUAAAUUCGACAAUUUUCAAUUCGUGGAUUAUAAUAAAGUAAUUAAAGAAUUUGGCGGUAAGCAUGCGGAAACAGCUGUAGCACUUCACACGUUAAUGGAGAUUCCAGACCAAUAUAAAACAGUCCAAGAACUGGGAUUUUUAGAACGACCGCUGGAUGUGAGUGACUACAUGGAUGAGAUACAGGGCUAUUCAAAAAAGAUUGAGUAAAAAAUUUGCCUUUUUUACCACUUUUUAUUUUAUUUUGAUGGUUAUUGUUUAAAAUUGAUUUACAGAUAUAAAAUAAAUUUUUUUCAAUUAUUACAAGUUACAACUAACAAUUGUUAUUUCCCCAAAUUCUUCUAAGUUAUGGUAUCUCAUCAGAUAUUAGUGGCUUUUGUAUAUAGCCUUAUUCGAGUAAAAGGCAUAUAAUUAGGUAUGAAAUAGAAUUUCACAUAUUAGACUACUAUGGUAUGAACAUCCUUACCCUGAGUAUGUUCCACUUUAAAAGUUUGUUCCAUCGAUGAUUCAUCUAUGGCCGAGUGAAAAUUAUUUUAAAUUAUUUGAAUUACUGUGCAAUAUGUUUAACUUCAAUCAAUUUUUUAGUUAGAUAAGGCUUACAGCUAAGCUUAGUCUUGUCCAUAUAUUAACUUUAAUUAUUAUCCAGAUAAAUAAUUGUUUUUAAUUACUAAUAAUUAUUAUUAUUCAUAAAUAAUAAUUAACUAAAUAUACCGUCCUAUUUUUUGUUUCGUAUGUUUCAUAUUCAUCCUCACGACUUCGUUCAAUUACUUCAUCUUUUAAUUAUUGUUAUCGCCUUGCACAUUUGUUAUUUCGUAAAUUUUUUGAAAAAAUUUUGAGAUAAAUUUACUCUCACUGCAGUAUUGUACCACAUCACUUCAUUCUUCAUUGCUCAUAUAAUUUAGUUUUGGCAGGAUUUUUCAUGGUUGAUUGAAUUUUUUCUCCCUAUUUUUUCUGUAAUAUAAUUUUGAUAGUUUCAUGUAGUAUAAUUUAAAUUAUUUUUGAGAAGCAUUUCUACUUCCUUAUUUUGUUCAUGUCUAAAGUAUAGCAGAAAUUCCUGUUCAAUUUGAGCUCUGUAGCCCUCACUUAAAGAUCUGAUUGUACAGACUCAAAGCCUUAUACAGGGUGUCCAUAAAGUCCUCAAAUUUUUUAAAAUUGCAGCAGCAAAGGUAAUUUAUUGAUACCUUAUAUUGUUUUGACCUUCACAGCUGAAAUAAAUGAAGUAAAAAUACUCAAACAAUUAGUGAUUUAAAACACAAACUUGGUUAAGAUAUAUUGAGAACUGACUUCAUAACAAAAUUGAAAUUGUAAAGAGACUUUAUGAAUGUAUUAUAUGUAAUCUAUUAUAUGGCAGUUCUCUGGGAAGCAUGAUAUGUUACUUUUGUCUCUGGAGGCCAGAGUUGUCAAUCAAUACUCUCUGGCGUAUGUCAAAUCGAUUGAUCAGAGGGCUUGCAAUUUUUACAUUCCUAAUUAUGUACUAGCAUGUGAUAAUUAUUAACGUAAAUCACCAUACCAGAUAAGACUUACUACCGUAAAUUAUGAAUUAAUAAUUAAUAUUUUUAUUGAUAUUACCAAAUGAAUUAUACUGUUCGGGUAAUCUACAUAUAAUGUGAUAUCUCAUGAGAUUACAUUUGUUAAUGAAGAAAGCCAUAUUUUCUUUGAUCUUUAUUACUUAGGCAUAACUUCUUAUUUUCUUAAAUUCCCUAUCUUGGUUUUGUUCCUACCAAAUUAAUUUAGGAUUAAAUAUUAAUGGAAUAAUCCAUAAUCUACAGUAUCGUAGUUAGAAAUAGGGUUCACUCAAAUAAGGGGCUGUUUGCUUUGAACAAGACUCAGAACAAGCAGUAAUGGAUCUGUAAGGUUGUGGAAGAACCAGGAUUUUUCCAUUGAGGCCUAUAUCUUGAAUUCAAGGAAAGAUAGUGGAAGAUUUGAAUUUAGUGCUCUUCUCACACCAAUGUGAUUAGGUCAAUAUACCAAUUACGCCAGGGGUUCUCAACCUUUUUUCAUGCGACCCAAAUUAAAAAAAAAAAUUGUAAAAUCUUUCGCAUCAAGAAUAUGCCUAAUUACUGAAUGGCAUGUGGUGCUUUUAUGGUCGGGUUCGGCCCUGUCCAGCUUGCCUCAAACCCCCUGGCUGUGGGACUGAAUACAAUUAUUAUCAAUAAGCAACAGUUCUGUAUGAAAGAUGAUAAUAGGGCUUAAUCAUAAUCGUGAGUCACGGCUUCUAAUAAUGUUAUGACAUGUUCUGCUAUUAAAUGUAAUACAGCCAUUCGUGUUGCCAUAUUUGUGCAGUAUUUGUUGUUUAUGAAUAGGAAAUGAAUAAAUAUAUAUAUAAACAUGCUGCUUACCAUCUGGCAACAUAACAUAUGAAUUUUUUCUGUGCCUUAAAAGUCAAAUUAUUUUUAGAAGUAAGAAAAUAGACUACCAUAUUGGGGUUAUCGAUGUUGUAAAAAAACUAAAUUUUAUUUAAUAUUGUAUUUUCAAUUUUUGCUUGUACAUGUGCGCGCAAUGGCGCAGUGCAGAAGUGUGGCGCAGACCUAAGCCAUUCAUUGCGGGCUUGUGACCCUUGUCAACACUCAGAUUUUCCCCAUCAAUCAUAAUAAUCCUAAUCCGAAAGUUUAGGUUUAUUAAAAAGGCGCUCGCAUCUUAAUCUGAGUGAAAAAACGAAAACACAAGUGACUAAUACCUCAUCUCACUAUCAUUAGGGUCAGUUAAGGAUGCAAUUUCCCUCUUUUCGUGCCGGAUGUCGUAUGGGCCACUCAUAAACAAGUAUGAUACUUGGUUAAAAUGUGAAAUUGCUAAUUGGAAAUUUUUUAUAUUAGAAUUAUACAAAGCCUCGGCCAUACAUACUCCGCUCACAUACAUUAUGUGUGUUUUUCAUAUUUUUAUUACGUACUUAAUGUGUGUUUUCCUUUUGGUUCAACGCAAUGUCAUCUGCUUCUCUUUGAUGACAGAUUUGACCUUAUCAUGUAAUCACACGCUUGUCAUGUUUUGAAAAUUGUCAGUUUGGAACAAUUGCUAUGCGUGAAUUGUUAAAAUAUCUAUGUAUGAACUCUAUGUCACAUGAAAAUUUCCCAUGAUAGAUUAAAAUUGCUACAUUCAAUCUUUUUUAUUUGAUUUCCUUUUUGUAUCAAAUUGAUUCAUUCAAAUUUGCUAUACAAUUGAGUAAUAACAUUUUCUGUUGAAUUCCCUUUCAAUUCAAUUACACCUGAAUGUUAAUGUUAAAUUUACUGUUUUUGCUGAUUUAAAUUUUGUUCUCACCUUUCUAUGAUGAGGUCAUAAAUUUUUUUAUUCAAAUAAGCUGAGUCAGCAUUUACGCAAUCAGCAUUUUCAUAGGAGUUGGUAGAAAGUUUAAUCAUUUCAAAACUUCCUAGAGAUUCUUACUUUCUGUUCAUCAAUUAUUUGAAUACCAGAGUCUGCGAAAAUUUUCAAAAAACUGGCGUUCCAGUAUGGCUGGUCAAGAAAUUUGAUUGAAAUAAAUUUUAAAAUUGUUGAAUUUUUUUUAUAAAGCGUUUUCACGUCUACACUCUGAGCUAGACUAGAACUAGAUCUUCAAAAUAAUAGUUUAGUUUGUAAAUUUUGAUGUUUUGCCAAGUAUUGAUGUCAAAUUUACGGAGUUUAACUUUUGGGUAGUUUAUUCAAUUAAAAAAAAAAAAAUUUUAUCACUAAAGUGCGUUUCUGAAAUACGGAACUGUUUGAGAAUGAGCAAUUUUCUACUCAGCCAAUCAUAUACUUCAAAUUGAUUUGGUAUUAAUAAUUAAUUAAACAAUUAAGUUCUCAACUUUCUGGAUCAAGUUAAAAAAAAAAGUGUUUCGUUACACAUUUUUUAAUUAUGCUUUCUCCUGUUAGGGUCUCAAAUUUCUAAGAAUAUCUUGUCUGCACAUCAAUAGGUCUAGCCUGUGUGACGGUUGGCCCUAAUCAUAUUUGUGUUUGCUACAUAGAUAAUCAGUCCCAGAUUUUAGUUAUGGGUAUAAGUAAGAAUAUAUCGAGGGUGGGCAAAUUACGGCCCAAAGUCCAGAUCUGGCCCACCGAAGUGUUUCCACUGGCCCACUUGUGUCUGUUGAAAUUACGACUAUAGUUUUUGGGAAUAUAAAUUUAUGUUGAAAGUAGCGUUAUAAUGAUCCUGAUGUUACAUCGUGCUGCUUAUUAUUAUAUAAACGUCAGCCUAGCUGUUGGACUAGUGAAUUAACUUUUUUUAUUUAUCGUUUUUCAUGUGGAGUUUUUGCCCACAUAGUAAUUGCCCACUCCUGGACUAUAUAAAAGGCUUCAACGCAAAAUGGCGAACCUCGAAAAAGCUGUUUAAGAAAAUAAGUGAAAAUAUAUAUAUUUAAUUUCAAACUUCUGUAAAUUUGCUUCAAACUAUCAUCAGAUAUACCUUAGAUAUCAUAGCAUCGAUUACUUUGUGAUAUUUUCAAAUGAAGCUUUUCGAAAUUGUCAACAUUCACCUCAUUUGUCAUUAAACCCUGGUAUUCCAAUAAUCUGAAAUUGGUAAUAUUUAAUAUUCAAUAUAGUGAAUACUUGAUUUAGGAAUAAUAUGGAAUAUUUCCAUUUUAAGAGAUUUCAAGGAUAUGGCAUCUGACCUCAUUUAUUUGUUCUCUGUAUGUGUUAAAAAUCAUACAAACCUUUUCCUCCUGACUGACCAAGCAAAAAUACUUCGAGAAUAAUUAUAUACUGAUAAGAUGAUCUCAUAGUAAGUGUUUUGAAUAUUCAAACAGCUUUGUGCUUUCAUGGUUGAUAGAUAAGCAUCUAUGGUUGAAUUGCUAAUAGCAAAGUCCUUUGAGAUGUCACGAUAAAAAUCAGUCGAAAUAAAAUUGAAAUAUGGCAUUUAAAUUUCAUAACUGAUUUCAUCAUAUUCCUGAUUUGUUUCUGUUGGACUCAUUGAAAUAUUUCUUAAAUUAGUGAUAAAAAUAUAAUGAUCUUUGGUAUGAAUGAAAGUUUCAAUCCAUGGACACCACCCUCCAAAAUGUAAUAAAUUGGGUUGCAGAACUGAAAAGAUUGCAGUCGAGUGGUUCCUAAAUUUUUUAAGCCACGUCCUCUUUUUAGAAUUUGUCAAGUCUCGCGCCCCACCUCAAAAAUAACUAGCUACAAAUAACAUGUAAGGCGGAAGUAUGUUUAAUUUAAAAAACACAUUGAAAAUACGUGGAUGGAACAAAAAUAUCCAAAAUAAAAAAAGUAAAUAACCCAAAUAUAAGGAGGACGAGAUAAAAUCUGACAACUAUUUUUAUUUUUAAUAGCGCCCCCUAAAAAAAUGACCCCCCAUUCUGGAGCGCGCCCUAUUAUUUGAGAACCACUGCUUUAGUCAUUAUCAGAAUAUUAGUAACAGUUUGUACAAAUUCUUGUUCGAACUAAAAAUGCAUAAAAUAUAUUGGGAAUAAAAUUUUAAAUCAUGAUUACUGUAUUUUGUUUGACUACUGUCAAGCACUUGCUGGUGUCAAUCUUGUCUCCAAAAAUUGUUUGUUUGAAUUAAUUUUUUUUUUUUUGAAAUUGUACAUUUACAUCAGUUAUACUACAGAAAAAGUCAUUUUCAAUUUCUUGAUACUGACAUUUUUUUACAAUUAUUCACCCUAAUUCUGUGGGUAUCUGUGUUUUAUAAAUAAUCCAAUUUUAAUUCUAUAUUUCUAAAUGUUCAUUUCGUUCUGUGAUUCAUCUAUAUAAUAAUUAUGUUUUUAAAAUUAUGCCUUUAUAUGAUGUACUAUCUUCAGCUUUGAGAUUCACCAAAUAUAUUCCAUAAUUAAUUAUGCAAAGCACACAGUGUCUUGUUUAUGCAUAUAUCUGGUACAGAUUUCAAUUUUUGAUGAACUUUUAUCGGACAUGAACUUGCUAAAUUGUUGUUGUUUUUUGGGGGGAGAAAUCACAAAUUUACAGUACUCAAAUAAUGAAAAAAGUCACUGGAAGACUUUUCUCAAAUUUUCCCAGGUUCUAUGGGACGCUAUAUCUUGCAAACUUUUCUCUGUUUCAUCUUAAUUAUAGUGAAACACUUCUUAUUCUGUUACCUCCUCUGUCACAAUUAUUAUUGGUUGUCUCUGUAUUAUGAAUAUUAAAAUAUACCACAUCACAAAAUUGUGUGCGUACUAAUUCUCAACAAGAUAUAUUUAUUAACGUAUAAUCAUGUUAAUAAUCCAAUUCAAUAAUCAGAUUUUUAGAUCUGUAAUUAGAAAA